AUGUCCCCACCUACAACCUCACCAGGGUCGGCUGAACUCAAGUGCGCCAAAGUGGAAAGUGCGCAACUUGUGGCUGAGAAUGAUCAUGCCCUAAUGCAGGAGACGGAUCGUCGCCAAUCCCUGAAUGUCCGGAAGUGCAGAGUCACAGAAGACUACCAAGGCCAGCGCUUAGGGGGGUCGGUUCGCUAUGCCCAUGCCAACCAGGCGGAUAACUUGGGCCGCCCCCGAGCCCCGGCGGUGUGCGUCUCUCGGCCAAUGCGGGCGUGGCUGCCCAGAGCGUUGCGCGUCCCGGCAGAACCAGGGACGCCCGAAGAACAGAGUGUGGCUCCCGGCAGCGCUGACCCGCUUCCUGCACUGGUAUCACACGGCUCAACUGGGUUUAUGGGGAACGGGGGGACUAUACUCUCUCCGAAGUGGCAAAUGACAGAAUUUUUGGCGAGCGGAGACGGCUAA